AUGAGACGGCGUAGGUCAGCUGGUUGGAAGGGAGAAGAAAAGAGAAAGAAAACCACAAAGGAAAAGAGCCCUUUGAAGAGGCCCAUCUUAGUGUCGACAUCGUCCACAACUUCCACCACAGAGCAACCCUCUACAUCCUCAACAGAAAAUACACCACCAUCAAGCGAGACACCUUCAACAACACCAUCUACGACCACAGUGUCCCCAUCAACUACUCAGACAACAUCAUCAUCAACUUCGACAUCAGCGCGCAUAACUACGGACUUAUUUCAAAAUAUACUAAUAUUA